GUCUUCCCGUUCCAAAGCCACCAUGACACAUCACUGUGCAAUAAAACUAUAUAGGUGGCGCUGAUCUUCUCCAAAGUUGCUUUAUUGCGCUGUGCAAACGCAGCCGACAAGAAUGGCGACUUUAAGCGAAAACGAAAAGACAUGGAAGGUUCAUCUUCUGUUGUCUGUUCUUUUCGCCUUGGUUCCCACGGCUUGGAGCGUGAUCCACAAUAUGGCCAUUCCACAGGGACUUGACGAUUGUUUCACAAGAUACGCAAGAAAGACCAGCAUCCGACACACCGUCGGCCAAUCCAUCAACUGGAUCUGUGUUCAUCAAUUUAUGUGGCAGCAAAACGGAAUGCACAAAUGGUUUAAUUACAACGUUACUUCCAACACAAAUGUCUGGUAUAGUCGUCUGCUCGUGUUCCCAAACAGAAGGUCCCUUACAAACACUGGGACGGGAAGAGUUAGGAAGGAAAUACGCAUGAUGUCCGAUUUUGAACGACAAAAGUUUUUCACUGCUAUCCAGAUGUUGAAAGCAGAUAAGAGCAUACAUCCGAACAAAUAUGAUUCGCUGGCAGCCUUACAUCAAGGAAUCACAGAGACUGCGGCUCAUGGGGGACCGAAUUUCCUCGGAUGGCAUCGAGUCUUUUUAAUCAUGUUUGAGAAUGCAUUAAGAGAAAAAAUUCCAGAUGUUACGCUUCCAUACUGGGAUUCAACUAUUGACGAAGCAAUGGCAAACUCUGUUGCGUCAGCCAUAUGGAGCGAUCGCUUCUUAGGGAAUGGCAAUGGACUCGUCACCAAUGGCCCCUUCGCUGAUUGGAUGACUCCAGCAGGUCCCCUUAUAAGAAAUAUCGCAAAUACGGGACAACUGUUCCGUCGUAACGUCAUACAAAAUAUUCUCACAAGAAAACGACUCAGCGAAAUCACUGAACCGCAUGCAUUCACUCAAUUUAAUCUCGAAUUCCAUCAUGGCGAAGUACACAUGUGGGUGGACGGACAAAUGGGCGAGUUGACAACUGCUGCAAUGGACCCUGUCUUUUUCCUUCAUCAUGCUUAUAUUGAUUACGUCUGGGAAAAAUUCAGAGCACAACAGAGGCUAAACGGCAUCGACCCUGCCCGGGAUUACCCAUCUGUUGUCAACCAUACUCUGCAUUUACCGACCGCUAUGUUAGGACUUGGUAAUUUCAGGAACAUAGACAGCUUCAGCGAAUAUAUUGUUAAAGGAAUAUACAAAUACGACGAGACGCCAUCUUGCUCAGCUUUUAACCGAAACUGUGGCUCACCGUAUCUGCAAUGUAUGAACAGGAACAGCGAAUGGAUUUGUGUGUCUAUCGACCAAGCACAUAUGCCUCCUAUGCAGCGGCGUCCAGUAAUGGCGAACAAUAUGAGAAUACAGAUGCAACAACAACAACAGCAGCAGCAACAACAAAUGUUACAACAAAUGUUACAACAACAAAUGCAAAAUCAGCAAAUGCAAAAACAACAAAUGAAGACUAUGCAACAAAACAAUGCUUGGUUGAAUAAAUUUAACAUCCCAAACAUGAAUGUCAACAUGCAGCGAAUUGGGCCAAACACGAUGCAAAAUUCCAGACCCGCUGUUGUUCCCCAAUUAGGGCGUAAUAUGUUAAUGUCUGUGCGAAGAGACAGGGCGAACCCUAUGGGAUUUGAAAUCUUCAACGUCCCCUCUCCAACAAUGCCUCAACCAAAUCAGAUGCAACAAAUGAACGCAAAUAUGCCCAGAAUACGAGGUACGGGCUCCGAUGUAAAUAGAAUGAUACAGGGAAUGAUUCAGAACAAAGUCCAGAAUUCCAUGCUGCCACCGACUCACUCGCCUACUAUGUCUUCACAAGAGACCUGUCCUGUAAUUCCUGUAAACAGACCUUAUCAGAAUAGCUUCAACAUUAACGGCGUCAGCGACAUGCGACUUUGGGUCUACCUUCCAGUAGAUGUAGUUUACAGGCGACCUCCAGAGUACGAGAGAUACAAUGCAUUCCCUGUUAUGAAUGGUCGUCCCAUGAAACAGACAGACAUUUAUGAGCCCGAUGCUUACAAAUCUCUUAAAGCACCACUUGCUACAGGUCGUCCGGCCUCAUAUGCUUCGUGUAAUACUGGGCAGUUUGGUGCUGGUGCUGUUUUUAUUCAGUCUAAUGGUAUUAACUACGUAGGAACCUACAAAGAAUAUGCCAUUGUUGACCAUCGUCAAGCUAUUUCUAGCUCAACUGCAUUUGUGGCAAUCAAAGACCCAGGGUAUGGGGCAACAGACGUAAUGCUUUCUGCCUAUGAUUCAUGCGGAAGAAUCUGUCGUCCAUAUUGUAAAAUACCAAAUUCCCAAAAGGGCGAAUCACAACCAUGCUCUGGAUUGUUGCGCGUAACCUCAACGUAUCCAAAACUCUACGCCAAGGACUAUGGAGAGGCUGUUUUCAAUACUUGGAACUUGCGUAAGAACUGUCCUCAAAAAGAUGGCGGACAAGUCUAUAUGACCUUUUAUUGCGACUACGAAGAAGAUUGGCCAAUGCCUGGUAUAGUGCCAGUCGUUGUACCGACCCCUCCCCCAAUGCCUAUUCUUUUGAUACCAAGUCCACAACCACAAUCCACUGAGUCAACAUGUGAAAUUGGUAAUGGUUGCGUUUUACCGGGCGAGUGUAGGUUCUGCUUCGUGGGGACCGUGCAAAGGUGCGAGAAGAGCUGCGACCAGUACGCACGUUGUGUAUAUGGACAGUACAUUCCUGAGAAGUGUCCCCCGGGAACCAUGUAUGACGCCGCCCAACAUUUAUGCAUCCCGGGCACCUGUUCGGACGAAACGGAAAUCAAGCAUAAGUCGCUCGUGGUGGACACUGACCUUUAAAAACCUUAACGCUAUGAAUGUCGCCAACGUCUAUUAAAAUAAUUCUAUUUACAGAUACAUGUGCUGAAAUAAAUUUGCGCUUGGUUGUAAGUGUUAUUUCUGCAUUACCAAUUUUUGAUAUAUUUAUUAAUAAAUACUUUACUUGUU